CAGCUCCUCCAGUCUAGCCCAACCUCUGUCCUCGCCGGUAUAUACGUCUAGCAGAUACAUAUCCUCCUCCUAGACACUUAUACAUCGCCUUGAGACAAGGGAAUGCGAGGUUUAGAUUCGUCUUCGCAAAAUAUGUGCAUAAAUUCUGCAAAAUGAGAACAAACCUCCUCAAAGUAAUUCAGUAAUGGUGAAGCCCGAGGAAGAAGAGGAGAGAGUGAAAUUAUUAGAAUCUCCUGAACCUGAUCUUUAUCUUCAGCAUAACCUAGAGAAGGGGAAACCAUUCCUCAGUCCUGAUAUUAAAGAUAGAUUUAGUUCAAGAUUCAACCGAACCCACGCCGCCAGCGGUUUAUCCGAUAGAGGAGCUAGAAGGAAUCGAACCUAUACCGCCAGGGGAUUAUCAGAUCAGAGGACCGGGGGGAUGAGUUCGGACGAAAACAGUUCUCCUGAAUCCUCUUUGAAGGUUGUUCGAGAUAUAUUAGUAGAACUGGAGAAAAUGGAAGGAGAUCAAGAUGAUAUUGAAAAGGAAGGAGAAGAGGAGAAGGAGGAGAGGAAAGAGGAGGAGGAGAAGGUAGAGGAAAAGGAGUCCAAUUCAGACACACAAAGGAGUACCAGACUACCUGGUUGCUUGAUUGUUGAUGUACACCUGGAGAAGGGGGAAGGAGGAGUGUCCAAACCUAAUCUUCAACCUUUAGAUAGGUUUCCAAGAUGUUACUCGGAGUCCAGGGGAGCCUUUGACCGACAGCAGUUCAGGAAUCUAGACAAAAUAGAGACAAUCGGUGAGGAGAGACUGAGGCAUAUGUCGGAGGGAGCAAAGCGAGGGCGUAGUUUAUCCCGAGGAAGUGGAGGUUUGAGUGGGCGGGGCGGAAGUGGAGGCUGGGGGCUCAGGGGUAAGGGUGGAGUAGGUGUAUGGGAGGGCAGGGGCGUAUUUGGCAGUGAAUAUAUGAACCCUGAGAGAAAAUAUGAGAUUUCUGAAGGUUACUCUCAUCAUCUCUCCAACUCGUCUCUGGGGUAAGGAAUAUCAAGAUUCACAAAUACAGCUGGUGCUUCGUGAAAAUGAAAAUUGAGAGAAAGUUUAAGAAUCGUCUGUGAUAUUUGUAAUAAUUUGCGGCAUUCACUCGUCAACAUGCUUUACAAAUAGGAUACAGCUGAACAUAAAUCACUAAAUGCCCCUAGUCUUGGGAUUUCAAAAAUUUGGUCGGACUUUCUGUGUUUU